AUGAGUAGCUCAAAAACAUUUUUUAUUUCAGGAGGUAACAAGGGAAUUGGAUUUGCUCUUGUCAAAGACCUUAGUGAAAAUGAAUCUAACAUUGUGAUUGCAUCCGCGAGAAACCCCGAAGCGGCUACAGAUCUUGAAAACUUAGCAAAGAAGAAAGAAAAUGUGCACAUAGUGAAGUUAGAUGUUACGUCCAAGGAGAGUACCGUAGAAGCCGCAGCACAAGUCUCGAAACUUGUCGGGAAGAUUGAUGUUUUGAUAGCGAAUGCUGGAUUUGCUGAUGCAUUUGGAAGUGUAUUGGACACGAAAGAAGAAACAUGGGUGCAGCAUUGGCAGACAAAUGUUCUUGGAGCAGUCUUCUUAUAUCAAGCAUUUUAUGGACUAGUGGAGAGAGGAGAUGCAAAGCAAAUUGUUUUUGUAUCAAGUGCACUUGGAUCGACUGGAGGGUAUAUUGGUCUCAGCGUAUCUGCAUACGGACAGUCUAAGGCUGCAUUAAACUACACAGUGAAAGAAAUCAGUGUUGAAUUGGGCGAUAAGGGAUUUACGGUUGUAGCUGUUCAUCCAGGACAAGUUUCCACUGAUACUGGAAAACGUGGUAAUGAAACCCUUAUUGCUGAAAGCCCCUAUUUAAAGGAAAUGAUUGAGAAGUACUCAAUCACCCCUGAAUUCAGCGCUACAGCCUUACUGGCUAUUCUCAAUAAAUUGAGUCCUAGUGAUAAUGGUAAGUUUCUUAGUUAUGAUGGAAGCGAAAUUCCUUGGUGA